AUGAUAUCACUUGAUUGGUUUCUCGAUAAAGUUGAAGUUAUUAAUAUGGAUACAAAUGAAACUAUUAGUUUUCCAUGUAAUCGAUGGCUUGCAUCUUCAUUUAAUCAACCGAAGUUUCGCCCAACAGCUAAUUGGAAUUCCAAUGGAAUUACUUUUGCUAAUCAAUCGAUUGUUGGUCAAUAUCCUUCCACUAUUUUUGUGAGCAUGAACAACACAAUAUAUGUCACUAAUCCAGAAAAAAACACAAUUGUAAUAUGGCAAGAAGAGAGUGUCAAUCCAACAAAGAUCAUUAGUAGUAAUUUUAAGCAACCUUUGUCUCUCUUUGUGACAUCAAAUGGUGAUAUCUAUAUUGAUGACGGACAUGAGAAUGGCCGAGUGCAAAGAUGGAAUGCAGCAACAAGUACCUUUGUCACGGUGAUGAAUGUUAACUCAUCAUGUGCU